AUGUCUAUACAAAGAGUGCCUCUAAACGCGUCUAGAUUGAUAGAAACAACUGCUGCAACAAGGCAUAGUGAAAUACCACAAUCAAUAACACCUACAUCUCAUAAUAAAUUAACAAACUUGAACUUCUCACCAUCUCUGAAAUCCUCGUCAUUCAUUACACGACGACAUUACACAACAGAUCAAAAUAACUCAUCACCACAAAAAGGAACCUCGAAAGCUGACGAAGCAACCAUACGCGCAAGAAACGCGAUCGGGCCGACAACAUGGCGAAGUUUAGGGUUGUUUAUACUUACGGGUAUCGGUCUAUUAUUUUAUUUCAAGAGUGAAAAAGAAAAGAUGAUUAAAAGAAAAAGAGAAGAAUCACAAAAAUCAUUCGGAAAACCAAAAAUCGGCGGCCCAUUCGAAUUAUUAGAUCAAGAUGGCAAUGUUACUGAUGAGAGCAUUCUAAAGGGUCAUUUUUCACUGAUUUAUUUUGGGUUCACUAAUUGUCCGGAUAUAUGCCCCGAGGAGUUGGAUAAGAUGACACAUGUGAUUAAUAAUUUAAGAAAAAAUGCGGAAAUAGGAAAUUUUAUUACUCCAAUAUUCAUUUCUGUUGAUCCGCAACGUGAUAGUGUCGAAUCUGUUCGCGAGUAUCUUAAAGAUUUCCACCAAGACUUCAUCGGACUAACAGGCACCUAUGACCAAGUAGCAAAAGUUGCGAAAUCAUACCGUGUCUAUUUCAGUCGUCCGCCACAAGUCAAAGAAGGCGAAGACUAUUUAGUCGAUCACUCGAUUUUCUUUUACUUAAUGGAUCCGAAUGGCGAGUUUGUGGCUGUUUAUGGGAAACAAGCAACUGCUGAAGAAAUUAUUGAGGGGAUUAAAGGUCAUAUUAAGGAGUUUUUGAAGAGUGGUGGUGACUUGUUUCAUAGAAAAGAUACAGCAA